GUGUGUGUGUGUGUGUGUGUGUGUGUGUGUGUGUGAGGGCACAUACUGGGGGUCAUGCCAACAUGGGAGGGAACGGACCGUGAAGUGGACAGCUCCGGAGCCCGCGCGCCCGCCCACCGCGCGCCACUCUCCACACCGGGAGCUGCGCGUGAGGGUUGAUGCCAUCCGAAGACAGAUGGACUGACGAAGAGGCAGCAACAACASSGAAACUAAACACAAACAAAAACAGGAGAGAUGAAUUCACCCACCGAUCUUUUUGAUGAUUCCUCCCCUCAGACACACAGCUUCGCUCACAUUCUCUCGUCCGCGGACCUCCCUGCUGCUCACUCCGCUCCUGCCUUUAGGCCCCCCGGCUUCCCCCUCAUCCACCACCUCCUCCAGCCAGGUGGAGGCCCCAGGGGGAUCGGAGGGGCGCUAACCGCAAACCUGAGCAAACAGGCGGAGGACAGGGGCGCUGCAGACGAAGGCGACGGGCCCACGGCGGCCGGACAGCUGGAGAUGGAAGGAGCGGAGGAGGCGAUGAAGAGGGAGGACCACCUGUUGGAGGCGAAGAAGAGGAGCGGCAACGCCGAGCUCAUAGCCGAGUGGCGUCACGACGUCCUGAAGGUGAAGAGGAUGAAGCUGGAGUGCCGACAGAGCGACAAGGGGGCGCAGAGGGGAGCAGGCAAGAGGCGCGAUGGGAGGAGACGAGAGAGGGAGGAGCUGAAGGAGCAGCUGGAGGAGGCCAGGGAGAGGCUGCAGGCCCUGCAGGAGAAAGUGUGGCGGGCCUUCGGGGAGAAGCGCAUGGCAGAGAAGGAGGAGACGAGGAAGCGCCACAACGGUAACAGCGACGAAGGCGAGGAGGAGCWGAUGGAGGAGGAGGACAUGAUGGGAGGGAUGUAUGACGAGGAGGACAUCGAUGGUGCAGAGAUGGAGAAGGAAUCCUUCUCUCUCCUCUCUGACUCCCCUUUUAACCACUUCCACAAACAAAAAGAGGAGCUGCAUGAAGACAGGAAGAGGAGGACGGAGAGAGGGAGGGGGAGACAAACGGACGGCGUGAUGGAGGGAUCGGGGUUGUGGUUGGACUGCGGGGGGCUGAUGAGAGACUGGGAUGGAGGGAUGGAAGACGAGGRCGAGGAAGGACAGAAGUUCGCUCAGGCGCUGAAGUUGGAGCUGGGCAGUGCCRUGGCCCGAGUCAUCGACCGAGUCCUUCGUCUUUACACGGAGAUGACGGAGGUCGCUCCGUCCUCGCCCGCCGCCGCCGUGUCCAUCCUCCCGUCUGAUCCGGGACACGACGCCGGGAAGGAGAGGGGAGGGUGGGCCGGACUUUUGACCAAAAGAAGGGUGGAGGAACUGAAGGASAAGGUGGACGGAGACACGGAGAAGCAGGGUCAGAACGGGGGAGGCCUCCCUCCUGGACCGCCGCGUCGCUCCGAGCCAUCAGAUCUGGCAACGCCGCUGGCUGUCCCCAGGUCACCUGACAGGCGAAAGACCUACCCGCUCCUCGGACCCCCGCUCGCCCCCUCUCACCUCGCUCUCCAUCACUCGUCUUUGCCCCGCCCCACUCCUCUCCCUCACCCUCCCAUCUUACCCCCCGUUUCUCAAUCCAAGGAUCACUCUUCCUCCUCCUUCCACCCGUCGUCCUCCUCCUCUUCUUCCUCCUCCUCCUUCCCCGCGCCUCCCCCUCCCCUGCCUCCGCCCCUCCCCCUGCCGCUGCUCCACUACUCCAUGCAGCAGCUCUUCUCCCGCUCGCUGCACCACCCGCAGCUCUCGCACCUGGGGCCGUCCCGCAAGGACUACCUGGGCUCKGACCCGUUCCUGGAGUUCUCGUCCCACCCCUCCUUCACCCCGCUGCCCCUGCUCGCUCACCUGGACCAAACCCUGACGCGCCACGGAGGCAGGGACAGGGAGAGAGGGGUGAGGGGAGACGGGGGCAUGAGGGGGGGAGGGAUGGAUGGAGAUCUCUACCUGACCGCCGGAGGAACUCAGGAGGGCUUGUCUCCCUGCCAUCUGAAGAAAGCAAAGCUCAUGUUCUUCUACACCCGCUACCCUAGCUCCAACACGCUCAAAACGUACUUCCCUGAUGUCAAGUUUAACCGCUGCGUCACGUCUCAGAUGAUCAAAUGGUUCAGCAACUUCAGGGAGUUCUUCUACAUUCAGAUGGAGCGCUUCGCACGUCAGGCCGUGCGCGACGCUCUCACCAGCAGGGAAGGCACGCCUCGUCUGAGCAGAGAGAGUCAGCUGCGAGUGAGUCGUGACACGGAGCUUUACCGCAUACUGAACAUGCACUACAACAAGAGUAAUGUUUACCAGGUUCCGGAGAGGUUUAUCGAGGUGUCGGAGGUGGCUCUGAGGGAGUUCUAUUCAGCCAUUUGGACCGGGAGAGACAGCGACCCCUGCUGGAAGAAAGGCAUCUAUAAAAUCAUCUGUAAGCUCGACAGCCCUCUGCCCGACGCCUUCAGAAUGCCCGGUUGUCCGGUGGGCUAAGGCCCGAACCGCUUCUUAUCUUGUACAUAAACUCUAAUGCAUGCUCAAAAAAAAACAAACAUAUUUAUCAAAAGGUUUAAAAAAACUGUUGUUGGGAUCUGAAAUGGGAAAGCACACGAAGAAUCAACACAUUAGGCGUGCUGAAAUGAGAGUCUUGUGACGGCGUUUACUGCGAACGUUUCACUGAUUUAAAAUGGACAAAAGAGGGAAUUCCUUCUCCAAACAUUCCUCAGCCGUCAGUUGACUCGUGAAAUUUCUGUGUUUCUAUGCAGGCCUGAUAAAACUCUCCUGAAGAGACGAGUUACAGCAGCCGGAGAGCUGAAACUAACCGUUUCGUUGCUGAAUUAUGCAGAGAGCGUCGAUUAUUGGCUUAGUAAGAAAAUACAAAUACAUAUUACGUAAAAUACUGUGCAAAAAACACUUGAGUCGUCCCUUUGUUUUUAGAAUUCUAUUCUUAAAGAGUUAUAUUCUCCAGAUUGGAUUUUUUUUUCCUGCAUUUCUACUUCUAUUCAGUCCAGCAGGCCCUGCUCAGUUUAGCAACAAAAUGUUUGUUUGUUCACUCCUUUAAGGUGUGCUAACAUUUCUUGGACUUGUGCCUGGUUAAAUGAGAAAAAAAAACUGAAAGAAAAGCUUUCAAAAUAAAAGCUGCAUGGUUUCUAAGUAGAAGCCUUGUAAUUUGAAUUUACAACUUCUUUUUUUGUGUUUAAGCUUGCUGCUUUGUCACCAAUUAUUCUACUUCUAAGGUUUGAGAAUGACCCCUCACAAUAUCAUGAAGAUAGUUUUUCUUAUUUUCACGGAGUUGUCUUUUAGCGGUACUUGAGCCCCCCUAACGAGAGCCUAAAAUGGCCAUUGACUUAAAUCCAUGUGUGUGUUUUGUCAACAUAUAGCUGACAAUAGAAAAGGGCAACAGUUUUUAUAGAUAUUUAGCUUGUAACAAGCCAAAGUAAUAGUACAAAUAAUCUUGUUAGUUAGCUUGCUAAAAUACUUGCUAGAUAAAGGGCUAGGAACUUACUAGUUAGCAAGCUAAAAACUAGCAAAAUAACUAUUUUGAACCUUGUAAGUUAGCUAUAUAAAAUACUAGCUACUAACUAGCUAGUUUGCUAAGCUACUAGCUAAUAAUUUGCUGGGAUCUUGCUGGUUAGCUAGCUAAAAUAAUAACUAGUUAAUGAGCUAGGAUCUUGCUAGUUAGAUUGCUAAAUUACUAGCUAGAUAAAGAACUACAAGCUUACUAUUUAGUAAGCUAAAAACUAGCAAAAUAACUAUCUUGAACCUUGUAAGUUAGCUAUAUAAAAUACUAUCUACUAACUAGCUAGUUUGCUAAGCUACUAGCUAAUAAUUUGCUGGGAUCUUGCUAGUUAGAUUGCUAAAUUACUAGCUAGAUAAAGAACUACAAGCUUACUAUUUAGCAAGCUAAAAACUAGCAAAAUAACUAUCUUGAACCUUGCAACUUAACUCCUAGCUACUAACUAGCUAGUUUGCUAAAACACUAGCUACUAAUUAGCUGGGACAUUAUUAGUUAGCUUGCUAAAAUACUAGCUAGCUAAAGAGCAAGGGGCUUACUAAAUAGCAAGCUAAAAAAGUAGUUGGGGAACUAGCUUGAAUCUUGUUAAUUAUUUACCUAAAUACUAGCUGCUAACUAGUAUCCAGUCACAAAGUCAUAGUUUGUUCCAGUUGCUUUAUCUAUAGAAAAUACUGGAGGUGUAAAGUAACUAAGUACAAAUACUUUGUUACUGAAUUGAAGUAGAAUUUUUGGGUAUCUGUACUGUA